AUGGUGUCGAAGACAGAAGGCCCACAAGCCACGCUGGAGCCGUCGUCGCAAGUCCUCUCGUUGGUGGCUGCCUUCCUCAAUGAACAUGGCUUCGAGUCCACAUAUAAAGCCUUGAGAAAAGAGCUGAAGCGAAAGAAUCAUACAGCUGACCUAGAAGCUCUCGAAUCUGGCUUCAGUUUAGAGGAUAUCGUCAAGAGCUGGAAAGAGCAAGAAACGCAAGGAUCUACAUCUGACGACGAUACCCCGGAGGAAAGCGACGCUUCCUCCUCUGAAUCAGAGUCGGACUCUAGUAGCGACGCUAGCGAUCAGAGCUCCAGCAGCGAGAGUACAUCCGAGUCCGAGACCGACUCAGAAUCUAGAGAAGAAGCCACCAAGACGAAGCCCUCAAAAGUGAGGAGAGCAAAACCCAAGAAGCGAGAAGCGUCACCUUCGUCGUCCUCCUCUUCCUCGGAUAGCGAUGCUGAUGAUGAGAACGAAGAUGGUCGAAAAGUCAAGCCUGCGCGCAAGAAUUCCCCGGCUGUCAUUCAGAAGAUUGAACCUGUCCGCAGUCUGAAGCGAAAGGCAGCAUCCAGCUCUUCAGACUCAGAGUCCUCCUCCUCGGUUGACCGAUCAGCUAAGAGGACGAAGGUAGCCAACGGCGACGAAAGGUCCUCCAGCGAUUCUGGAGGUUCUUCUGCCAGUUCCGAGGAGGAGACGUCAAGUACUGCAGACACAUCAUCGGCUGAAGAGGAGCCGGAUGACAAUGAGGACGACACCCCCACUCAGCUCCAGAAUCUCGCGAAAAAGUCGGCGCCAGCCGCUGUAGCUCCGUCAGAUUCCUCGUCGAACACUGUUAUGGGAGAUGUUGUUGAGCGAUCAGAGGAAGAUUCUCACCUAGCACACGGCAGGGGCGGGAAGCAGAGCGUGGCAAGGAAGACGCAUGUUGGCGCCAGACCAACUCCAUUAGCACAGCUCUCUGCCCAGUCGACUGCAUCUGACCAUAUCUCCAACGCCUACAAGAGCUACGAAUAUGCUGAUCGAGCAUACAAUGACUUGUCCGUGACCCGAGGCAAGGGGUUCACAAAGGAGAAGAACAAGAAGAAGCGUGGCAGCUAUCGCGGAGGAGCGAUUGACAUUAGCGGUGGCAAAAGCUUCAAAUUCGAGGACUGA